AUGAUGGCGGUGGUUCUUGGAUGUGGGCUUGUGCAAUGUGAUGUGAGUUAUGACAGAAAGAGCUUAAUUAUUAAUGGGCGAAGAAGAAUUAUCGUUUCUGGUUCAAUUCAUUACCCAAGAAGCACCCCUGAGAUGUGGGAGGAUCUUAUAAUGAAGGCUAAAGAAGGAGGGCUGGACGCGAUUGAGACAUAUGUGUUUUGGAACCUUCACGAGCCUUCCCCUGGCCGAUAUAAUUUUGAAGGGAACAAUGAUCUGGUGAGGUUCUUAAAGAUCAUUCAGAGGGCCGGGCUGUAUGCAGUUCUUCGUAUCGGGCCUUAUGUUUGUGCUGAAUGGAAUUUUGGGGGAUUCCCAGUUUGGCUGAAAAAUGUACCGGGAAUUAGGUUCAGGACAGAUAAUGAGCCAUUCAAGAAUGCCAUGGAAGGCUUCACCCGGAAAAUUGUCGACCUUAUGAAGAGUGAAAAUCUGUUUGCAUCACAGGGUGGGCCAAUUAUAAUCUCCCAGAUUGAGAAUGAGUAUGGUGGGUCCUUAGAAAAGAGAUUUGGUGCUCAGGGCUAUAAAUAUAUGACUUGGGCUGCAAAUAUGGCAGUUCAAAUGAAUACUGGGGUCCCAUGGAUGAUGUGCAAGCAGGAUGAUGCCCCGGACCCCUUGAUCAAUGCAUGCAACGGCUUCUAUUGUGAUGAUUUCAGUCCCAACAGACCAUACAAACCCAAGAUGUGGACUGAGGCAUGGACUGGCUGGUUUACGGAGUUCGGUAGUCCUAAAUACGAGAGGCCAGUUCAGGAUCUGGCAUUUGCUGUGGCUGAUUUCUUUCAGAAGGGAGGCUCAUUUGUUAACUAUUACAUGUACCAUGGAGGCACGAAUUUCGGGCGCACGGCUGGGGGGCCUUUCUUAACUACAAGCUACGAUUAUGAUGCUCCACUUGAUGAAUACGGUAAAUUUUAA